ACGAGAUCUGAAAAUCUUCCUGAUGCGCUAUCAAAAUACUACGUCCCGCAAUGCGUAACGCAACCCAAGUUUUCCUCCCAAAUGCCGUACCAAUGACAUCUUCCGCGACCCUGAGCAGUCCCAACAUCAGGGUCCUACCAGCAGCACCCUGCAUCUGCAUCCCCCUCCAGCAUGACAUCGUCGCGCCGGAUCUACGCGUGCCAGCCUCCGUCUGCGGCCAUCUUAACUGCAUGCGUUUUCGUGGGUACCGAAAAUGGGUCCGUUGCCCCACAAUUCGGCUCAGCCGCACGGCCACCGUCCUUGUUCCUACUUCCUUCUCUUGCGUGACGUGCAGUUCUCUCCACACCGACUCCAACCUUCUCACCAGCUUCACGGUACACAGGCCCUGUUGUUUCUAUUUUGAACCUUUACGAACUAGAGAUUUUACGACACGACAAAAGCAUCACCAUCCUAUCAACGACCAGACGAUAGCAACGCAACGCCCCACGACCAGACGAAUAUUUAUCGAAUAUAUCACACGACUUGUGGUUUGUUGAGACAAAGUAUCUUCCGCACGCGGCUUCUUUGUCCUACGCUACACCCGCAUCGACCUACGGCGACCCCGACGGCAACCGGCAGAACGAUACAGAAUAUCGAAGAAUAAAAAGGCGUUGAGCAUAUAUAAAAUCGGAGUUCAACAAACUUUUGGAAAAGGA